AGAACCUCUUACUUUACUAUGAUUUUGACAACAUGACGCAAACACACGUUUAUGAUAGGUCAGGAAAUGGCAGGUCUGCCAGAAUGUAUAAUACAAACAUUGUGGAGGAAGAGGGAAAAUGUAAUAAAUCAAUCACCUUCAACUCUCAACCACUACAUAUCACUGAAGUAGCUUCUCCUAAUGCAACAUCUGUGAAAAGAUCAAGUCUGCAGAUUACUGUGGCCGUUUGGAUACUUUUAUAUGAGGUAAUUUCUUUAUACAGCUAAUGUAACCUUUACUACUUUGUGAUAUAGCUAUAAACUUGGCACCUUCCCCUCCCAUGGUAUCAACGACACAUUUUCUUAUACUUAUAGCAAGUUAGCCUAAUUCUUCCUGACAUACUUCAUGAUCGUGUUCAUAUAUACAGCCAAUUCAAAAAAGUUGUCCUUUGCAAACCUUAAACUCUAAAAUUCAAUCCUUAGACUCUAAUUGCACAAAGCUUAAUGGGAGCAUAAGUUUCAAGCUUGGUAGUUGGAUAUUGCAGCUGUUUGUGAAUGAAUUGUUCUCGUAAGGAGAUAUUUACCAUCUCAGCAAUGGGCCCCAAAUAUGAUUUCUAAACUGAUUAAAUGAUCCUCCCGUUAUGCUCUGCACGCUUAGAGUUUACCUUUUUUGAAUAUAUAUAUUUAUAUAUAUUUAAUAGACUUGAAGAUGCGAUGUAAUUUAACAUUUUCUAUUUACACUUUGUUUUGACUAAAUCCAUCUGACUGGUUUAUUUUAUCACCUGAUCGCUUUUGUAUUCACCAGUAUAACCGAGUAUAACAGCACAUUUGUUUUUCUCGAUCCCCAGACGAAGGGCUUCGCUCGAAACAUCGAAGUUUGUUCUUACUUUUCUGGUACACGCGUAAAAACGCACAGCUUGUAACAAGUCUGCAAACAAGUUGUUACAAGUCUGUUCACAAGCUGUCAACAAGUUGUCUUCGCACUGCUUGUUCCCAGUUUGUUAUAACAAGUUUGAAACAAGCUGUUAACAACUUGUAACAAGCUUGAUGGCAUCAUCAGCCUUGUUACAAGACUGUGCUAACAAGUUUGUUACAGCUAUGAUAUAACAAGGAUGUUACAAGAUUGUCAACACAAGGUUGUAACAAUCUUGCUAUAUUAAGCAUGUAACGGACUUGUCAGAACAACCUUGCAACAAGUCUGAUAAUUUCGACAAGGUUGUUACAAGUUGUCAACAAGUUGUUCCAAACCUGUUGAGAACUUGUGACAAGCAGUGCGAACACAACUUGUUGACGACUUGUUGGCAGACUUGUUACAAGAUGUGAGAUUUUUACGUGUGUAGUUGUUUCAUACAUGCAACGUGGAAAGAGUCAGGCUCUACAAAAGGUCGUGGGUUUUUUCGGUUUUCCUUCCACUGGGAAUGUUGUCACGGUGACUUGGGAUAAGUGACCCUUCCACCUGUCACACAUGAGUCAAAAGGUGGCUGCCAGAAGCGCCCAUAUAGAAGGCCUAAAACUCGAUCAGGUUGAGCUGCGUCCUUCGUGAUUCAACUUAGCUCUCAGUUGCAAAUAAGAAUGAUUAUCAUUCACAUUAUUGUAUUCCUAAUUUUGAUUCGUUAAUUUACCUGCAAAUAACUGCGUGUAAAUAACACUCUGAGCACGCGCAUUGCCUUCAAUUUUUGUAAACAAUGGUUGUGUAAACUACAGUAUUUUCUUUUGUGAAUAAACGUUUGUGUGAAAAGCUCGUUGUACGUGUUCCUAGUCACAAUGUCUUAUAACGAAAGAUAAAACGAAGCUUUAUAAGAGAAUGAUAAAACAAUUAUUGAACUCGGUUCUCGCAAAAUAUCGUGACUUGUCGGUGGCUCGCAGAUCAAUUAUUUGCCUCUGCCUUCGUCAUCAGCAAAUAUUGAUCUGCUCACCACAGACAAAUCACGAUGUUUUGCUCAACCUCGUCCAAUCUCGUCAAUUUUAGCACUUCCUCAUGCACUUGCUUGCUAGCUUGCUUUAUUUACUAGCUCUCUGUGACUAGGUUGUGCGAAUGUCAAAUAUCACUGUAUGCAGCUGUUAGCCAAUCAGUGAAUACUUGUAUAGUAAUAAAUAUUACAAUGAUACUAUCUUGUUUUUUCUUGUUCUAAAUCAAGGGGAAAGGUAAAAGAACCAUUUUUACAAGUUUCCACGCAAGCAAGGAAAAAAAGUUCUUGUAUUUUGGAAUUUAUAAAGAUAACUAUCUGCGAUGGUUUGCGACAUCGGAAAAUUCAUGCAAGACGUUCGAGAAAGCUUCUCAGUUAAAAGUUGGAGCAUGGCAACAUGUGGCAGUUAGUUAUAAUUACACAAAUGGUAGGUAUAUCGUCAUUGCUGGCGUUCUAAAACAGAACUAACUUUAAUGUAUAACUAGGGUGAACACCAAACGUGAUAAGUGCACGUGGUCAUGUGGUUGGGGCUUCGGUGGGGAAGUGGUUAGCGCACUUCAGCCUUUCACCUCUAAAGUCGCAGGUUCAAGUCUCAGUGAGAACUUUCUCGACGCGACUCGAACCCAGUUCUCGUGUGAAAAGAGUAAAAGUCUACGGUUUCCUCCCACAGGGAAAGUUGACAGGGUGGGUUAGGUAAAAGGGUCCACAGUAAUUGGCAUAUGCUGUUGUGGUGACCCUGCCCUAGUUGACAAAGCUAAAUAAACAAAUAAAAAAAAGUGAAAAAUUGUUGCCCGCCCCAACCGGCUACGUAUAUAAAUAAAGAAAAUGGCGGGACAACUCGCAAGUUUAUAAACUACGAUUUUCCAAGUUUGUGUUAAAAUAAAGAAUGUAAAAGAGAGGGAAAAUACACAACAGGAAACAGGAUAUGCUGCUGAAACCGUUUAAGUAGGUUAUAUUUUAGUUUUAAACUCGUUUACAUUAUAGAGUUUUUGUCAUGAAAUACAAUUGUUGUAUGACUGUUGUUGAUUUUUCUUUUCUCGGGAACAGACAUGAAGUGUAUAAUGUCUUUGUUUCUUUUGUGAUUAUUUUAUAGGAAUCACAACCUGCAACUUUUUCGUUAAUGGCACUUUGUUUGAGGGGAAAGGAAACAACAAAGACUCUAAAUUGACUGCCAAAAAUACGCCACUUGGUAUUUCCCCUUUCAUUGGCAGUGUCAAUAGCCAAGGAGGUGAACCACUAAAUGGUCUCAUGGAUGAGUUUUAUAUCUUCGACAAAGCACUGUCUAAGGAAGAGAUACAAAAUCUCAUGAAUGAUACAUGUAAAACAAAUCAGUAAGUACUUACCCAUACUAAUUACGAAAGCUUCGGAUUGAUAGGAAUGCAAAAUACCUGAAAAAUGCACGGAGAACUUUGACGCUUCGAGCGAAGGCCCUUCAUCGGGAAGUUAGCAGCUGGGGUGGGGAAAAUCACAUGACCUUUUAUACUGGUGAAUUAUAUAAAAGCGCUCACGUGACAAUAAUAAACCAACCCGUAAGCUAACUCGUCCUCAGUCGUGCGUGCUUUCCAAUGGGGAUGAGUCAGACCUGGAUGGAUUUACAUCCUCGUCCCCAGGGUCACGUUCGUUGCUCUCGCUGAGCGAUUUAGUCGAAACAAAGUAUAAGUCACAUUACAGAAUACAUCAGUACAAAUAUACAGUAAAUACAAAAAAUGCACAAAAAAUAUAUGAAACAAGUCUGGAAAAAAGUAAGAGUGUCAAUGUCAUGCAUUUGACAGGCAAGGACCGAUGGAGCUAAACAUAGGAAAAUCGUUAUCCCACAGGGGUAGGCAGUUCAGGCGCAUUUCAUAUCUUUUGCGGCUACCAUGGUUUUCAGAAAUGGGACAGACGACUCGAAUUUUCAUAUCUGAAACAUUAUGACUGCCAUUAUUAAAAUGUUGUUGUUAUAAUGAACUAAUAACUAACACUCUUCAUAUAGGAACGCGACGAUCCAAACAAAUCCAAGAAACACUACAUCGCGUGAGUAAAAAGGAUAAAAUGUAAAGUGGGGCGAGGGUGUGUCUCUGUUAACAUGUGAUUUAAUAUUAAGGCCUUUACAUUUUUCCACAAUGCAGGAAAUGCCUCUUUUCUGGAGGAGCAUACCCUAAACCCCUCUAGAAUUGUGACUCACAAAUUAGUAAGUACCCGCUCUCCAAAUAAGAACCAUGGCGGCGCCACUGUAAAUGAACAGCUAAUUAUACGAAGGUUGUCUUUCAAAGUCAAACUCGAAGCUACAAAAUUUUGCCCGCACAAAUAAUUAUUUACAAUCUGUAUAAUUAUAUAGUAUAAACGUACAUAUAGUAUAUAUUUCUAGCUAGUGGCUUUCCCUCCUGAUCUAUUGUAUUGUGCUUCUUGAUUUUAAUUGACUCUCUCAUUUCGCGAGAGAACUUAUGACUAUCAAUCGCCAUGCAAACAUACAAAGAACUUAGUGAUAUUUAUAUCGUUAUUUAAUGGAGGUGAAGCGACGUUUUGAAUAUUUUAAUAGACUUUAAUAGAACCAAUAGCAGCUGCGAAAAAUGCAACAAUAGGGCGUUUGCACUCAUUCCCCAGGAAUCAACUCAACAAAAGCCAUGGCGGCCAUGUUGGUGUUCAAGACAAAAGAGUCUAAUUAAAUUUUUUUUUAAUUGAAACACCAACAUGGCGGCUAUGACGUCAUGUGCAAACGCUCUAUAGGCCGUCGGGCAGGAAUCGAACCUGACUAACCAUUGAACUAUAAAUAAACUGGAAGGCUAACUGCUACGAUGAAGGCCUAUGAUUUGAUGAAGCCAAAAUAGUUUUUCUGAGUUAUGAGCAGAAAUACUUGACCCCAAACGUAAAUUUCAAGACUUCAGCGAAAAGAAAAAUAUUUAAAAAAUACAAAAACAACUGCAUGCAAAACGGCAAAUUAUCGGUAAUUAUGUUUGUAGUUUUUCAAUAUUUCCCUUUUAGUUAAAGUCUUGAAAUUUCUACACCAAAUAGCGUUUUUCAAUAGCUUCAAUUUGAUAUAUAGCCCAACGUUCAGUGUUGCGUAUUUCUGCUCAUAACUCAGAAAAACUAAAAUGCACUGGCUUCCAGUUUAUUUAUAGUUCAAUGGAGCUAACUGAAUAGUUCGGAAUCGCAGGGCCCCAGGUUAGUUGAAUUUUUCGCAGCUGCCUGAUCUUAAUAAAUGCACAAUAUCUACAUUCGAAAGUUCCCUCUACAAAAUCCUUCGACAUUCUUAGGGCCUGUUCAUAUGAUCCCGCUUACCGGGACGUCUCGCUUACCGAUGAUCUCGCCGCCUAUCUGUUUUCCUAUAAAAUUUUGCAUUGUGUUCAUAUGAGAAAGCGAGCUGGCCCGCUUGCCGAGAUCUCGUUUGAAUUUGCCGAGAUCAUAGGUAGGCGGGAUGAAAAUUUUUCCAUACGAACACGCCAGCCCGCUUACCGGGAUGAAGUCAAACAAGUCUUGCCGGUUUAACUUUAACACUUUUUACUUGGUUUUAUGUUUGUUUUGUAAACAAGUACUAAAUAUGCACCUGAAGCAAUACUUUUUCUUGUAAAUAAACGAAGAAAAACACUAAAAUCGCUAAGUAUUUGUGUUGCUUGACUGAAAUGUAGAAGUUUUGCAUACGCUAAUUAUAGAACUACAACGUAAUUUCAUAUGAACAGGCCCUUAAUCAAUGCAGCUCUGUAUAUACAGAUUCUGUGUAAAUGAUAAUACUAUUUCUGUCUUAGUAAACACAAAAUUUACACCCAAUAACUGUAUUGAAACACCUGUAAUAUUUAUUCGGUACAAGUAUCACGAUUGAUGAGUUUUGUGUUUCGAUCCUUAACACAAAAGGGUGUUAUAGUAAAAAACUAAAAUCAGUGUCUGCAGAGCUGCAAUGCAUGAUUAAAUCAUUUUGGUAGUUUUGGUGUUGAAAUACAACGUCCAGAAAUUUUAGGUACUACUCAUCUGAAAUAUGGCUCCGGGUGGGAAUUUAUAAUUAAGCAUUAAUUUAUGGCAAAUAGUUUUAAUCUUUUUUUAUUCUCAUUUUUAAAUGACGUGGAAAUACAGAUGCUCCAACUCGUGUAAGUUAAAUAAUUUUCUUUGUAAAUGAUUCUAAUCUGUUUUUGUUGUUUGUAUUAAUGUUUAUAUUCGUUCAUUCUCUUUUAGACACCUCCCAACACUACACCAACGGAUAAAACAACGGAAAUGGUAAGUUAUUUAACCAUGGAGAUUUUACGAUUUUUAGUCGUACUUCACUGGUACGCCCAGAGGUGGAAAAAGUAUCGGAACCUGGUAACCUAUAGUUCCCAGAAAUUGUUUUGAGUUGAGAGUUCGCAGAAAAUUUUCCAGAGAAUGUUUCACGGCAACAUUUUGAGAUAACUCUGUUUACUCAACUUACAACUAUUCUACUUUAUUUACACUGUACACACUAACAUCAGCAGCCUUUUAAAUAUUUGACAGAAAUUAAUUCUGUUACCCACCCCUGCCAUCACAAUCAUGAGGGUAAAAUGGUAAAUAUAUGCCCUGCAAAGUAUCCAAUAAAAUGCAAAUUAAAUAGUAUAAACUUGUAAAUAAAAUAUGCAAUGAAAUAUUAGCUUCAAGUGCCAGUGCUAUAUUUAUCACUUAUUUACUGAGACCGGGGGAAACAGUUUAAAUAAGUCAAUAGUCAAAGAAACAACAAAUUAAAGAACAAAUGAACGUAAAUACAUGAAAUAUUUUAUUGUUAAAACGUUAUAUUAAACACUGGCUACACUGCAGUUACUUAAAGCGAAAGUUUUAAUUACGUACUAGGCAUGUCCAAAGGUCGCAUCUUCACGUGAUGGCGCACGUGAUUUUUUUUUGUUAUUCGCCGGUCGAUAACGUAUUAUCUCCCUCUCGCGCUGUUGCGAGGGAGACAGCCUAAUUUCGUCACUCUCAUGUGAUAUACUCUCAACCAAUAAAACACUAGAAAAAUGCGACUUUGAAGUACACGAAUUAUCACACACUGAAGCAAAAGACAGCCGGUAAACACUUCUCUUCUAGUAAACCUUACAACACCUCUGUAAUUUUCUCAUCACUCUUUGAUGUUCGAACAUCCUACGUGUUCCUAUAAAGCUGUAAGUUCCUAAAAGCUGUACAAAUAGAGCCUGACGUACCUUAAAGUGCUCGCCCAAAGUAAAGUUUAUAUUUAGUAUCUAAUCAAAAUGUCCCAGGAGAAAUGUCAAUUUCACACUACAGUAGCAUCAACAAUGUAAUCGUAGUUAUUCAAUAGGGAAGUGAUUCAAUAGCAAUGUAAUCGUAGUUAUUCAAUAGGGAAGUGAUUCAAUAGCAAUGUAAUCGUAGUUAUUCAAUAGGGAAGUGAUUCAAUAGCCAUGUAAUCGUAGUUAUUCAAUAGGGAAGUGAUUCAAUAGCAGCAACUGAUGAUGGAAAAUAUUUCUUCAGUGCAUUUCAUAUUUCUUCAGACGGUUGACACACAUUUAAAAGUACUAAAGAUAUCGUAAAUAAUAGUAUAAUCUAAGCAGUAGUAACCAAUCAAAAAAACAAAUUAAAAUGUAUUUGUCUGCACCAGACGAAUCAGGUGUAAAUAGCCUGGCUAUUUUACAUGGAACUAGACAGGGAUUUGUGCCAGGCCCUCUUUUCUUUCUAUUCAUUUGCAAUAGGCAAUUCCAGCUUUUAGUUUAUGCCUGCAGGGAAUGAUGGGAAGUAAGGUAUCAUAUUGCUGAUUAUGCUGGAAAAUUUCAAUAAAAACUACCAAAACAACCGAAAUAUUUCAAUAUUUACAAGUAUAAGCUGCCACUCCGUGUUUACACGGCCACCAUUUUUAUUUUUUCAGCAUAAUCAGCAAUGUGAUACCUUACUUCCCAUCGUCCCCUGCACGCAUAAACUAAAAGCUGGAAUUGCCUAUUAAGGGAGGGAAAUAUGGCCAGAUAUCCAGGCUAAAAUGUUUCCUGCAUGCAUUCCCAAUGAAUGCGUUCACCAUCAUCAUCCCCCAUUAGCCCCGGUUCUAUACCCAUCCUAGUCCUAUCAGUCCUAUCACGACCCUAUAACCUUCAUGUCAAGAUUUCUUAAAAGCGGGUGUCUGUGUGCCUUGAAAUUUUAUUAAUAUUCUUUUAUGAUGGGUAUUGAAUACUUCUUAUUUUUCCAAGGUUGCUUCUUCAACUUAUCCAACAACUGUACAAACGACAAAAAUGGUAAUCUUGCUUUCUACCUUUAUAUGACAGUGUAAAUCUAUAAUCCAG